UGGCUAUAAACGAUCUGACAAGAACUCGGGAGUCUCAGAGAUUCAAGCAUGACGAAGAUGGCGAUGAUGAUGGCGAUGCUGAGGAGAGACGCUUGGUAUUCGAGGACGGCUUUCACAACCUCUUACCCCGAAACGAGAAUCCCAUCUUCUCUGCUUUCUUCGUUGUCUUUGUCCACUAACGCAGCUUCAAAUGCUGGUGCUCAUUUCUCAACCGAGGGCAUUCUCUUCGCCGACUCCCUUCUGCCGCCAAAGGCGGCAACUCAAUCCCUCCUUCAGCCAGGAGUCGUUAUCUAUGAUGGGGUCUGUCAUCUCUGCCACUCAGGUGUGAAGUGGGUGAUCAGAGUCGACAAGCAUAGGAAGAUCAAGUUUUGUUGCCUUCAGUCCAAGACUGCUGAACCCUACUUAAGACUAUGUGGUCUUGAUCGUGAGGACGUUCUACGCCGUUUCGUGUUCAUUGAAGGACCGGGUUUAUACCAUCAAGCAUCUACUGCUGCACUGAAAGUUGCAUCUCACCUUCCAUUGCCCUACUCAGCUCUAAGUGCUCUGCUGAUAAUCCCCACUCCAUUGAGGGAUGCAAUCUAUGACUACAUCGCUAAGAGACGCUACAACUGGUUCGGGAAGGAAGAAGAUUGCAUAGUUUUGCAAGAGCAGGAGAUGCUUGAACGUUUCAUUGACAGGGAAGAAAUAAUAUAUAGGAAUAAAACGCAGUUAUAAGAAGUCCUACAAAAACAGGCAGGCAGCAAAUUGAGGAGGAAAAAAUGCUAGAUAAGAAUCAUAUAACAGUUGUAAUUUUUAAUCUAACAAAGUUGGUCGCAUUUGCAGUGUUUAGAUCAUAGUUCUCAGCCUUCUCUCUGGUAACUAUUGAUGAGAUUCCUCAUUCUUUGAUAUACCAUUGAAUACAAUAAAAUUGUGCAGUUCCAAGUAUUAAAAAAAAAAAAAAACAUUGGCUUGGUUUUGAAA